AUGUUUCAGCCCACACCCAAGCGGUGUUUCACCAUCGAGUCGCUGGUGGCCAAAGACAGCCCCUUGCCCGCGUCUCGCUCCGAGGAUCCUAUCCGGCCAGCGGCGCUGAGCUAUGCCAAUUCCAGCCCGAUGAACCCUUUUCUCAACGGCUUCCACUCCACCGGCAGGGGGGUCUACUCCAACCCGGACUUGGUCUUUGCAGAGGCCGUCUCCCACCCGCCUAACCCAGCCGUGCCGGUCCAUCCCGUGCCCCCUCCCCACGCCCUGGCCGCCCACCCCCUGCCAGCCUCGCACUCCACGCACCCGCUCUUCGCUUCGCAGCAAAGGGACCCCUCCACCUUCUACCCCUGGCUAAUACAUCGGUACCGGUAUCUGGGCCACAGGUUUCAAGGGAAUGAAACCAGCCCGGAGAGCUUUCUAUUGCACAAUGCACUGGCCAGGAAACCCAAACGGAUCCGUACAGCUUUCUCCCCAUCCCAAUUACUGAGACUGGAACACGCCUUUGAGAAGAACCAUUAUGUGGUGGGAGCAGAGAGAAAACAGCUGGCUCACAGCCUCAGUCUCACGGAAACUCAGGUAAAAGUAUGGUUUCAGAACAGAAGGACGAAGUUCAAGCGGCAAAAGUUGGAAGAGGAAGGCUCAGACUCACAACAGAAGAAAAAAGGGACUCAUCAUAUUAACCGGUGGAGAAUCGCCACCAAACAAGCCAGUCCAGAAGAAAUCGACGUCACGUCGGACGAUUAA